AUGUCGUUACAAGUCGACGAAGAAACACCGUUGAUACGUAAAGACUCUACCAUUACUUCAGAUUUAAACCAUGUACCUUCGAGCAUCAAGAAAAGGCUCUACAUCUCACAUUUCCUAUCGACAUGGAAUUCGCGCGUCUUCGAAUUCGGCGCUGUCCUUUAUUUGGCUUCAAUAUUCCCCAACAGUCUCCGACCUAUGUCCAUCUAUGCAUUUACUCGCGGCAUUGCAUCAAUUCUUCUUUCUCCUGCUGUCGGGCGAUACAUCGACACUGCGAACCGCCUUCAGGUCGUGCGGUCCUCCAUUGUAUUCCAACGUGUUUCGGUCGCAUUGUCAUGCCUGAUAUUUUGGGUCUUUGCUAGUGGCCGGGUUGAAGCUUAUGGACUUACUGUUGGUCUUUUGACCAUUGUCGCCAUGCUAGCUUGUACUGAGAAAAUAUGCUCUGUGAUGAACACUGUGUCAGUGGAGAAAGACUGGGUCGUUGUCGUUGCCGGUAAGAACGAAGCAGCAUUGAGAGAGCUCAAUGCACAGAUGCGUCGCAUCGAUCUGAUCUGCAAGCUCGCUGGACCUUUCAUGAUCUCCAUGACCGAUGGCUUCUCGACUGAAAUUGCCAUAAUUCUGAACUUUAGCAUGAACAUAGCAUCAGUCGUCAUCGAAUACUACGCUAUUGCAAGAGUAUACGAAAGCGUCCCAGCUCUUCAAGAGCCCAAGACAUCAACGCAUGAUCAACAAAUCGAAACGGGAAGCACAUCCUACGCUCAGCGCACAACCCGCUCAAUAAAAUCAUAUGUGGACUUGCUAUCAACAUACUUCCACCAUCGUGCCUUUCUCCCCUCAUUUGCCCUCGCUAUACUCAACUUCACUGUCCUCAGCUUCGGCGGCCAAAUGGUAACAUACCUCCUCUCCGGCGGCUAUAACUCUCACCACAUCGGCUUCGUAAGGACCCUCGCCGUCGUGCUCGAGAUUGCUGCAACCUGGACGGCGCCCUGGUUCAUGUCGAAAGUUGGACCUCUCCGUGCCGGCCUCUGGAGCAUCAAUUGGCAGAUUCUCAGUCUCGCGGGUGCUGCGACGGCGUUCUUGAGUAUCAAGUAUCGCCCCUACGCUGCCUCGGGCCUCGUCGCGGGAUCGAUACUAAGUCGGAUUGGACUACGUGGUUUCGAUCUGUGUGCACAGAUUGUGGUGCAAGAGGAAGUCGAGGCGGAGAUAAGGGGGGCUUUCUCUGCUGUCGAAGCGUCUUUCCAGAGUCUUUUCGAAAUGUGUUCGUAUUUUUCCACGAUGGUGUUUGCGAGGCCCGAUCAGUUUGAGUGGCCGGUGCUGCUGAGUUGUGGUGCGGUGUUCAUGGCUGGGGUACUUUAUUCCAGGUUUGUGAGGUCGAGGAGAGGGCACCUGCUUCACUUGCCCAGUUGCGUACAUCCUAAGGGUAGGGGCAAACACCCCGUACAUGACGAAGAGAACCAAAGCCCGCUGAGGGGAUAA